UAAAGAUCAGAACUAGCUGUUCUUCUCUAUAUUUAUAUAUAGUAACUUUUAAGUAGAGAUGUUGGUGAAAAAGUAGGUAAUAAAGUGUAGUGAGACAGGUGAGGUGAGCGGUGAUAAUAACCACAGUAGUUUGUUUGUACUGGCGACGUUGAUCGGUGGCAGGAUAGGGUGCUGGAGAUAUUUUUCAUAUUUUACCUCCCUACGUGCCCCCAUUUGCAGAAUAUGAGCAUUUUCGGGAAGAUCUUCGGUGGUGGUAAGAACGAGAAGGCUCCCACGACGGGGGAAGCCAUCCAGAAGCUCAGAGACACCGAGGAAAUGUUGAUCAAGAAACAAGACUUCCUAGAAAAGAAAAUUCAACAAGAAAUCACCAUUGCUAAACAACACGGCACCAAAAAUAAGAGAGUGGCUUUGCAAGCAUUGAAGCGCAAGAAGAGGUAUGAUAAGCAGCUUCAACAGAUUGAUGGAACUCUUAGUACUAUAGAAAUGCAGCGAGAAGCCCUUGAAUCUGCCAACACAAACACCAAUGUCUUACAAACAAUGAGUGAGGCUGCUAAAGCCCUCAAAUCAGCUCACCAACACAUGAAUGUGGAUGAAGUGCAUGACAUGAUGGAUGAUAUAGCAGAGCAGCAGGACGUAGCACGUGAAAUUUCAGAAGCAAUCUCUAACCCAGUGGCGUUCGGAGAUGAUAUUGAUGAAGAUGACUUAUUGGCUGAAUUAGAAGAAUUGGAACAGAUAGACUUAGACGAGAAGCUCUUAAGCACUGGCGAGCCUGUAUCAGAACUGCCAGAAGUUCCCACCAUUGCUCCUGCAAAGCCUGAGCGCAGGAAGAAGGAAGAAGACGAAGAAGAUAUGGCUGAAUUGGCUGCCUGGGCAUCUUAAGCAUGGUUCUGUCUUUGGAUCCCUGAUUCCUGCUGUUUUGUUAACUUUCCAGUGAUUCCCAGUGUGUCAGAAAUUGCCUCAGCAAAAAACAUUGUGAAAUUUUAUUUUCAUGUGCUUACAUACAAACAAGCCUGUUCUCUAGCCAGAUAACAUGUGAUUAUUAUAUAUUCAAAAUAAUGUUUGUUUUGUGAAUAAGUUAUUACCAGCUGGUCAGUCUAUAAUGUGUACUUCAAGAGCUCUUGCUAUAUGUAUAAAAACCAUGCAAGAAAUUUUUGGAUGUACAAAGACAAGUAUUACUGCAUAAUCUUGUCAGUUAUUAUAUAUGUAAUACUGUAAUAUUUUCUAUUGGUGUACAGAGAAAAUGAUUUCUGAAUUAUUCCAGAACUUUUUGUUGUUUAAUGUUCCUAAUCACUGGCCUAGUUUCUUUGCUCUGCAGUACUAAUUAUAAAAGAAAAUAAAGCUCUUAAGAGCCAUUAAUUCACAAUUAUAGGCCUUUGUAUGAAUUUUCUUUUUUGGCUGUUAACCAGAGGUCUUUGUGGAUGUGAUGGGAGCAGAGAUUAGUGGCUGCAUUGGUACUGUGUGAAGGCUAAGUAUUCUCGCAUUGUGUAAGAAAUGUGCCUUAUCAAAAUUACAUCCAAAGCAAACAGUUGCUGCUUCCAUCACACACAAUAAUACUCAAGACAUUGUCACAGGCAAAGCAGGCGGGUGUUUAGGUAUGCAAGUUACAAUUUUGCGUUCCCACUAUGCGGGGGUGUUAAAAUGUCAUCCUCUAUUAUGCAUCUUGUAAAUAUCUAUUUUACAUAAACUAUAAAUGCUUUAUGAAAAUAUGCUUAACCUUUUUCUUGUGUUCCUGAAUGAUAUGUAUAUUUGCUAUGGGAAGCAGCAGUGGACUUCAUGAAAUACUGCAGUUAGCCCUUCUCCUUACUUUAUAACAUAGGCUAACUGUAGUCAUUUACUGCUACACUGGGAUGUUCAAGUUAUGGCCCUCGCUAUAUUAUUUUUAUUUACUCCACUUUUUCUUGUGUUAUGCCAUGUGGCUUAUGAAGCCAUGCAUCAACACAGCCAACUUUUAAAAAAAAAGUGCUAUUGUAGAGAAUUUUACUUGGGAACUAUAAAGUAAUACAUGUCUACUGAAUUAGAGUAAAAAUGCAUCAGUUUAAAUAUAUGUAUUUGAUAUAAUAAAAAUGUUAUUUCCGCCAA